AUGCCUCCCUCCUACAGCCCCUGCCCUCGUCCCUGUCUCAAGCGGUCCUCCGCCCCCCAUCCCCUCCCCUCCCCCCAGGACGAGCCAUCCACCCUCCUCGCAAUCGACCCCUCCAUCCUCUCCCCGCUCGUACGCUUUCCUCCUCAGCCCUCCCUCGCACACACCCUCGGCAGUGCCAUCCCCUACGACAGGACCCCCAUCGUCGUCCAGCCCAACCGCUGUGCCCUCCCAGCCCGUGGCUGCCCGGGCCGCACCUACGCUCCCGAGGACCCCUCUCUCUCAAAUCCCCGUCGCAGUAAGCGUUCUAGCCUCAGCCCCGUUCGUGGAAAGCAUCUACACCCUAGGGCCGUCGACGAACGCCCCCACGACGACGACCCCACCCCAAGGCAGAGCCCCCGCGACAAUUUCCACCCUCUCCCCGCCCUCGUUCCUGACCUCUCCUCUUCCGAGUCCUCAGAAGAGAGCGACGGAAUAGCCAGCCCUCCUCCCGAGUUGUACCACGCUUCCUCCGCGUAUGCCAAGAUGUCCCUCGAGCAGUCGUUCGUCAACCUCUCGCUCGCAGGCACCAACGCCCCCUCAACCGCCGCCCUCUCCUUCCUCCCUCACCCGCCCUCACCCCGCGUCCGCC